AUGUUAUCAGAGACACAGUCUGAAAACGAGGAUGCAGAGAAUCUGAAGCCUAAGAUCUACCCAGCCAAACUGCAAUUGAAAUAUGAGGAUUACAAGAAAAUGUCGGAUGUGCUCAUUCUUCAUAUGAGAGCCGCCGAAGACAAACUCGGUAAUGAGGAUUAUGGAGACCUUGGUUCGGAAGAGGAUUACCUCGUGCAGAAGACGGUCUGUGAGAGAGUCAAUCGCCGUCUGAUUCAUGACGAGCGUGUUCUUCUCGAAGUCGAACAAGGCGAUGAGUCGACACUUUGUGUGCAUCCAGACUACGCUGUAGUGCCUCAACAAGUUUUCCGUGGCGACGGCACUGAUGGUCCCAUGUGGAGUGUCGAAGAACUUUUGAAACAAUAUGAAACCAAUUCGUCAUGGGUUGUAGACGCAAAAACUCGGAAGAGUUUUAUUUGCACCGGCAGGAAGCGGCUUGAUCGGUAG